UUUGGGCCACUUUCUCUUUUGGGGAGAGAUGACGGCAUCUUCCAGUAUCUCAGGGGCUGCCGGAAAGAAUAUUUAUUUUUUAUUUUCUCUUCCCUUCCCUUCUAUUCUAUCAAUAAGAAGCAGACCGAAGGAAAGAGGUGGAAGUGGGGAUGCGCGAUAUAUAAGAAAUCAACCAAAUCGCUCUGGAAUGCAUUUGGGUUGAUAUGAAAGCGGGAGAAGAAGAACCACAGGCGCUUCCCCAUUGGCCCACUGGAGGGCGAACGUCUCAUCUGACUCUCCAGAAGAGGCUGAGAAGGAAGUGACAUCACAAACGCUUGACUCUCUAGGACUCUGCACUCGCUCUCCUUAAUCCCUGGGACCCCGGAGGAGGCGGAGAGGCUCCGGGAGAAUCUGGCGGGGGGCGCGGGGACAUCCAGACGUGCCCCGGAUACAGAAACUGGAAACCAUUUGUGGUCUUUGCAAGGCAAACUUUUCUCUUGGGGGAGAAAAAAAGAGCGGAAUCACCUGCAGGGAUCAGUCCUGCGGCCCUAGAAAUGGUCCCGUGAAGGAAACGGCAUCUGGAGACCCACCAGAGUCCUUGGAGCCAUUUGGAGUUGCUCUGCAGGACAGAGAAAGGAUGGAGGCACAACCUUUGGGAAAGGAGGGAGCCAGAAAAGGCCUUUCAGCUGCUCAACCUGGGAAGGGGGGGAAGCUCUGGACAAGAACCGGGCAGAAGAUCCUGGAGGAGGAAACCAUCCUCCCUUCAGAAGUUCAGCCCUGGAGCUUCCUCCAAUACCGGGAGGCUGAGGGUCCCCGAGGACUUUGCAGCCGACUCCAUGACUUUUGCAGGCGAUGGCUGAGACCAGAAAAGCACACCAAAGCCCAGAUACUGGACCUGGUGGUUCUGCAGCAUCUCCUAUUCCUUCUGCCCCCAGAGAUGGAGGGCUGGGUGCGGGAGUGUGGAGCAGAGACCAGCUCCCAGGCGGUGGCCCUGGCGGAAGGCUUCCUCCUGAGCCAGGCGGAGGAGCAGAAGGAGCAGGUCCAGUUGCAGUGUUGCACUGUGGAGAUCAGAGAUCCUGAGGGAAAGAAGAACCCAUCAAAUCCCCCUCAGGACCUAUUUUUCAGGAGGAUCCUUUGCGAAGACCCAAGUCAGGACACCUCAGGAGAGAAACAAAGAAUGAAGCUUUCUGGUUUUUAUGAUGGAGAUCAAACAGCGAUUGACCCUCCAAAUCAAGAGAGUCUUGUGUCCUUCGAGGAGGUGGCUGUGUCUUUCUCUGAGGAGGAAUGGUCUCAGCUGGAUCCGGACCAGAAAGCGUUGCAUUUGGAAGUCAUGCUGGAAAACCAUAGGAACGUGGUCUCUCUCGGUAAUGAUGGGCAGGAGAAUCAAGAUUCCUCUGAACUGUUCCAAGUGAUCUAUGCUAAAGAUGGAACAGGGAAGUUUGGAAUUCGAAUGGAAUUAGGAAGCCAUGAGAGAAACCAGUCAAAGAAUUGGAAUCAGGAAAGUUCCACCGAUGAUCCGAUGGAAGACUUUCUUGCCCAACAAGAGAAAAUAAGGGAAAAAUAUGUUGAGAAAAGUGUGAAGCUAAUCAAAGCUAAAAUACAAGUAAAUGAACACUAUUUAACCCAAAACAAAGGAGAAGAUGCUAUAAGAAGACACAACGGACAAAAUUACAAUGGGACAUUCAUUCUUUCUCUUGGAAAUAACUUCAUUACAUCUGAAAAAACGAUUGACACAAAAGAGAAAACUUAUAAAUGUUUGGAAUGUGGAAAAUGUUUUAGAAUAAGCGGGCAACUUACUAUCCAUAAAAGGAUUCACACAGGGGAGAAGCCAUAUAAAUGCAUGGAGUGUGGAAAGACCUUUGCUCAAAGAGGUCAUCUUAUUUCCCAUAAGAUGAUCCACACAGGGGAGAAGCCGUAUAAAUGCAUGGAGUGUGGAAAGACCUUUGCUCAAAGAAGUAGUCUUAUUUCCCAUAAGAUGAUCCACACAGGGGAGAAGCCGUAUAAAUGCAUGGAGUGUGGAAAGACCUUUGCUCAAAGAAGUAGUCUUAUUUCCCAUAAGAUGAUCCACACAGGGGAGAAGCCGUAUAAAUGCAUGGAGUGUGGAAAGACCUUUGCUCAAAGAAGUAGUCUUAUUUCCCAUAAGAUGAUCCACACAGGGGAGAAGCCGUAUAAAUGCAUAGAGUGUGGAAAGACCUUUACUCGAAGAGAUAGUCUUAUUUCCCAUAAGAUGACCCACACAGGGGAGAAACCGUAUAAAUGCAUGGAGUGUGGAAAGACCUUUGCUCAUAGCAGUACACUUACUAAACAUAAAAGAAACCACACAGGGGAGAAACCAUUUCAAUGCACGGAGUGUGGAAAAACCUUUGCUCAUAGCAAUACACUUACUAACCAUAAAAGAAACCACACAGGAGAGAAGCCGUAUAAAUGCAUGGAGUGUGGAAAGACCUUUGCUCGAAGAGAUAGUCUUAUUUCCCAUAAGAUGAUCCACACAGGGGAGAAGCCGUAUAAAUGCAUGGAGUGUGGAAAGACGUUUACUCAGAGCAGGGGACUUAGAAGCCACAAAAAGAUCCACUCGGGAGAGAAACUAUUUAAAUGUAUGGAGUGUGGAAAGACCUUUGCUGACAAACGUAAUCUUAUUUCCCAUAAGAUGACCCACACAGGGGAGAAACCAUUUAAAUGCAUGGAGUGUGGAAAGACCUUUGCUCAUAGCAGUACACUUACUAACCAUAAAAGAAACCACACAGGGGAGAAGCCAUAUAAAUGCAUGGAGUGUGGAAAGACCUUUGCUCAUAGCAGUACACUUACUAACCAUAAAAGAAACCACACAGGGGAGAAGCCAUAUAAAUGCAUGGAGUGUGGAAAGACCUUUGCUCGAAGUGGUCAUCUUAUUUCCCAUAAGAUGAUCCACACAAGAGAGAAGCUGUAUAAAUGCAUGGAGUGUGGAAAGACGUUUAUUCAGAGCAGUGGACUUAGAAGCCACAAAAAGAUCCACUCGGGAGAGCAACCAUUUAAAUGCAUGGAAUGUGGAAAGAGCUUUGCUCAGAAUGGUCCUCUUACUUCUCAUAAAAGGAUCCACGCUCAGGAAAAACUAUAUAGCAAUAGCAAUUCCACUUAGAUUUAUAUACUCCUCCACAAUGCUUUACCACUUUAUCUCUGAGCAGUUUGCAAAUCUGGGUCCUCAUUUUAGGAACCUCAGAAGGAUGAAAGGAUGAAUUAAUUACUAAAAGUAAUCUAUACGAGUUGAAGGUGUUUUCAAUAAAAUGCCAAUUUGAAACUUCAA